AUGGACGUCCAGGGCGAAAUCGACGCUCUACGGGCUGAGAUCGCUGGACUUCGAGCCGACUUGGGGCCGCUUCAGCUGAAUCACGAUACCUUGUUUCGUCAAGUGGCGUCUUACGAAGCCAGCAAUAAACACCAUCUCCAGAAACACCGGCCUAGAAACGUGCCCCAUGAACCAACGGUCUCCCUCGACUGCUUUGACGAUUCCAUCCGACAAUACUUCAAACCGGCCCUGCUGAUCCCUCAAGCAGCUGCGCCGCCUGCCGAGUCUCUGUCAAUCCAGGAACGCACCCGCCAAGGCACAUACUCGCUUGUGGAGAGUGUCCAUCGAUUCGGCGGCAUCACAGCAUUCCCUAUCAACGACGCCUUGUACGAUGCUCUGGACGACGCCUUGCUAGGGCUCCGAUUCGACGUGCUUGCCCACUCCUCCAAUGCCUUCUUGCCGUCGCAUUAUAUCAUUCUUCGGCGGGUCAUCUCCAAAGACGAACGUCACAAUUGGCUGGUCUUCAGGUACACCACGCCGGCGUACGUGUCGCUUGAUUCCUACAAACACCACCUUUCGCAUCCCGAUGAGGCGCUAGGGCUCCAGAAGUUCUGUGAGUGCGUGAGGGCUGCCUUGGUUGCAACCCAGGCCCGCCACGACAUGGUCCAGGAGCUCAAAAGCCUCACUUUGGAAGGAGGCAGGGCUUUCGCAGCCAUAGAAUCCGACAUCCAGUGCCGUCGUGUGGCCCUAACUUUGAAUCUGGGCCAGUCCAUUGAAUUACUUCUUGGGAGCCGCCUGGUGGAUCUGGUCUCCUCCACCCUCCUGCCUUCACUAACGUUGCAUGUUUCUGCCUUGCUUUCCGGUGCAUCGAUUGAAAAACUUCAGUCUGCAUUCACCCAGGUCUUGAAGUACAUACAAUCUCACACUGUAACAUAG